AUGUCUACCAACGAGCAGCUUUACGAAAAGAUCUCCCAGUCUGUCACUCAUCAUGAGCAGGACUUUGCAGACAUUUGCAAAAAGAUCCAUGAGAACCCGGAGCUCAACUACAAGGAGUUCAAAGCCCACGACAACAUCUCCGAUCUCAUGCAGCGUCUCGGCUAUCACGUCAAACGCUCCGCCUACGGCAUCCAAACCUCGUUCGAAGUCGAAUCCGGCCAGGGCGGCAAACUCAUCGUCUUCAACGCAGAAUACGACGCUCUUCCCGGUCUCGGCCAUGCUUGUGGCCACAACCUCAUCGCAACAAGCUCCAUCGCCGCAUUCAUCGCCACCGCCGAAACAAUACGCUCCCUCGACAUCCCCGGCCGCGUUCGUCUCCUCGGAACACCAGCUGAAGAAGGUGGCGGAGGAAAAGUCCACCUUAUUAAAGCUGGUGCCUACGAAGGCGUAGAUGCGUGUCUUAUGGCUCAUCCGACAGGGAGACUGUCGCCGCAGGGGGAGAAGAAUAUAGAUGGCGUUUCGGCAGCGAGGUCGAGUGCGAGGAGACAGAUCAAAGUGGCAUUUACAGGGCAGAAUGCUCACGCGGGGAAUACGCCGUGGCACGGGAAAAAUGCGCUCGAUGCGGUUGUUUCGUCAUACGUGAAUAUUUCGCUACUGAGACAGCAGAUUCAACCUACAGAGCGAAUUCACGGUGUUAUUAGAAAUGGAGGUGCUGAGCCAAAUAUCAUUCCUGAUUCAACAAAUUUGGAGUAUUAUCUGAGAGCUGCUGGGGCUGAUCAGAUCAAGGAGCUCACGGGGAGGGUAGAGGCUUGUUUUAAAGCUGGGGCGAUCGCUACGGGCUGCCAAGUACAGUGCAGUUGCGAAUCAGAUCAAGACUACAUGGAGCUUCGACCGAACAUGUCCAUGUCGAAUGAGUUUACAAAGCACAUGCAAGCCUUUGGACGAGAUUACAUCGGAGACGCAAACCAACCACCAAUGGGCGCAUCAACGGACAUGGGCAACGUCACAUACUGCGUCCCAGGUAUUCACCCCAUGUUCGCUGUCGGAACAGAAGAUCCUUUGGUGCAACCUCAUACACCAAAGUUUGCAGAGGCAGCUGGAACAAGAGAAGCGUUUGAGAGAGCUUUGGAUUGUGCAAAGGGAUUAGCAGCUACAGCUUGCGAGAUGCUGCUUCAGACUGAGUUGAUGGAUCAAGCGAGGGAUGAGUUUAAGAGGGAUGUUGAACCGAUUGGUUAUAGACUUUAG